CGUCAUAAGCCGGCGCAAGGCUGAGUUGGCGUUUGAGAGAAGGGUGUUUUUUGGUUCGGAUCGGGUCCCGGGACAUACCUCUCGCCAUGACUAAACUGGUGGAGUGGCUGGUUGGAGUGACGGUGAUCCUCGUAGCCUGGGCGGUGGUUUCUUUCGACCUGUUGGAGCUCAGAUUACCGGACACGUACCGGGAGGUGGCCUGGCCCAUGCCCCUGUACCUGCUCGUGUCUUUCGGCUGUUAUUCCCUGGCCACGGUGGGGUACAGAGUGGCCACGUUUAAUGACUGUGACGAGGCUGCGAGAGAGCUACAGGAGCAGAUCAAGGAAGCCAAAGAGGACUUGAGGAAAAAGGGAUUAAAGAUGUGAAAACUUUUGCAGAACUGAGUGACAAAAACUGGAAAUUCUCCUGUCCAAUGCUGUGCAGAGAAUGUUUGUUACGAAAUAUGAAUGUGAUGGAACAAUAGAAAUAUUUUUGUAAAGCUAGCUAAUGUGACCCUGAAGCCCAUGAGCGUUUGUUUACAGAUAUCCAGUUCAGAUAGACUGCAAUUAUUCAUAAUGCAUUCAAUGCAGUAUAUAGCUAGGCUUAAAAUGAAAUGUGCAGUCACAGUAGAUAUGGACUGAAAAUGAGUUUUACAAACAUUAUAAAAGUCCUGUAUUACACUCUUGUGAGCUUUUAGCUAUGUUACAAUGUUACCUCAUCAAAAACAUACCUGGAGUUGUAUUUUACUUCAUUCACACAUGUUUAAGUAACCCUUUAUUAUUAGUCUGUCUACAUCUCUAAGAUCAAAAUGCUCUGUUCCAUCUUGUGAUGCCACGAAGAGGUAGUUUUCAACAGUUUUCAGCUACAUUUUACCUUUAGUUCAGUAAAGAUUGACAAUUCCAGGGCUGCAAUUAUUCAGAUGAUUCUAAUAAAGGUGUACAAAGUUUAAAAAAACACAGUAGAGCACAUCCUGUAGUUACCACAUGACGUCACAAGGUGUUUUCCACAUCACAGAAGAACACAGCCUAAAUAUGCAGGAUUUGAACAUGUGUAAAUGAAAUAAAACACAACUACAGGUAUGUUUUGGAUGACAUUAUAACAUAGAUCAGAAUAUAGUGUAAUAUGGGGUUUUUUAAAGAUGUACUAUGUAACUUCUCAGAGGAUAGGCAGCCAGCUUGUCUCCAUGGAGUUAUUGCUUUGCCUGAAAUGUUCCACAGUAGUGCACUAAACAUUUGUAACAUUAAGUUGCAGUUGUUUUUUUUUUUACCUGUUUCUCUCCUGGGUGUUCAAAUGAGUUAAAAUCCAUCCUGUGGGGCAUUUCUGGUAAAUCCACCUUCUAUCAGUAAAAUACAUAGUGCAUCAUUAAGAAAUAUAUUGUACACUGUCUGUUUGAUACAUUUGUUAGACAAUAAAGCAAGGUCAUUGCUAGUUAAGAAAUAGUUGCAGAUUAAAAAAAAAAAGACAAACGAAAUCCAUACAAAAUAGUGUCAGUUUUGGUAGUUGUGUAACCAAGAUAUAAUCAGUUUCACACAGAUACAUUGCACAUUUCUCAGUCUUGUACCAGUCUAGGCUUACAGUACUUUGCUGUGACAUGAUUCACACGGGUAACACUGGGGAUGUUGUCUGUUGUAUGUAUGGAUGUCUCAAGAUUUUUAUCUCCAAACAUGUACAUUCCUUUGUCCACUUGCAGACAUGUGCCCUGUGGCUGUUCUGUGGAUGCUUAUUAAAUUCAAGGCUAUUUU